CAUUACCCUAUUUGUCGGGUUUGGAGAAAUCCACAAAAAUCCAUUUCAAUGAGGUUAAAUACCCAAUGGUUUAUUUUGCUAUCCUAUGAUCAUAUCCCAACCCAACCCAAGAUGUAUGCGCUUAUAUAUAUAAUGUGAUCUAUAUGUAUUAACAUAUGGGCACUGUCCUAAAAAAAACAACUGAAAAUUCAGUAAACUAACUGCGCGCCAUGGCUGAUGCUUUCCUCAUCAGUUCCCCGGUCAACAGAGACGACCAAUUUUCCGGCCGAUGGCUGAUCACUUCAGCAACCAUCGGAGUUAUACUAGUCGGAAUUUGGUACUUCGUAUCGAGAAUGGUCAAAGGAUUGAAAUCACGAGGAGCAACAGCUGCUUCUUCUCUGCCUCCGGGGCCUCGCGGCUUGCCGAUUGUUGGCUACAUCCCAUUUCUCAUGUACAACGGGAAGAACAUUCCACUUCACCGGCAAUUCACCCACCUCGCGGCCCAAUACGGGCCCAUCUUCAAGAUCCGGGUCGGCAGCCAACUCCACGUCGUGGUCAGCUCGCCGUCCCUGGCGAAACAGGUCCUUCGGGACAAGGAAUCGGCCUUCUCGAGCCGCAACCUCCCGCUAGCCAUCCGAAUUUGGACCUACGGUGGGCUGGACCUCUCUUGCCUGCCAAUGAGCCAAGACUGGAACUCGAUGCGGAAAGUGGUGCUAAGGGAAGUGCUAAGCAACCCUAGUUUGGACCGCUGCUACGAACUGAGACGAAGGGAGGUGGUGAAGGCGCUCAGGGAAUUAGUUAGGAGCGGUGCACGCAAGCCGGUUGGCGUGUUGGAGUUGGCGAAUAAGAUGGUUGCGGAUGCGACUAUGGCGAUGACGUGGGGAGGAAGGGAUCAUGGUGACGUUGACAACGAGGAGGCUCGACGAUUGUGUGAAGAGGCGAUGGCGCUGAUGGAGAAGCCGAACGUCUCCGACGUGUUCCCAGUUCUUGCGAGGUUUGAUCUUCAAGGGAUCGGGAGGAGAGCGGCCGAGGUGGCUGGACGGUUCGACCGGAUCAUUACCUCCGUGAUUCAGAAACGUUUCGAUGGUAAAGGGUCGUUAAUUAUGGAGCGUAAAGAGGACGGCCGAGAGGUGAAGGAUUUGUUGCAGGUUUUGCUGGAGAAUAGGGAAAGGUCGUCUGAUGCGGGAUCGCCGCUGGCGUCCAUCACCCAAUUCAAAGCCCUCCUUCUGGACAUUACGCCGGGCGGGAUGGGAAUGGUAGCAACCGUAAUCGAGUGGGCGAUGACGGAGCUACUAAGGUGCGACAAGGCAAUGACAAACGUGAAACGGGAGCUAGACGACGUCGUAGGGUUGGAAAACCUAGUUGAAGACCACCACUUGAAGGAGCUGAAAUACCUGGACGCCGUGGUGAAGGAGACGUUCCGGCUGCACCUGACUGUCAUCCAACGAGAAGCGGUCCAGCCGUGUAGCAGCGGCGGGUACGCUAUCCCGAAGAAGGCAAAAGUGAUGGUCAACGCUUGGGCCAUCCACAUAGAUCCGCGGCUGUGGGAAGAGCCUACGGAGUUCCGGCCGGAGAGGUUUCUGGACAGCAGCAGGAGGCCUCUUGAUUUCGUGGGCAGCAACAGCGACUUCGUGUAUAUCCCGUUCGGGUCGGGUCGGCGGAUGUGCGUCGGGGUUAAUUUGGCUACGAGGCUGCUCAAGUACGUGCUGGCUUCGCUGCUACAUUCGUUCGACUGGAAGCUCCCGGCCGGCGAAGGAGGGUCGACGGUGGAUGUUUCGGAUGAGUUCACGUUGAUCAUCAAGAAGAAGAAGCCACUGACUAUUGUGCCCACGCCUCGGCUCUCUUUUCCGGAUCUGCAUGCCUAAUAUGUGCAUAACUACUACUACUAGCUAGACAUGCACUGGAUUUACACUUGUACGGUUGUAACCCUAUACCGCUGGUCAAACUGUUCAAAUAUAGAGACCAAAGUGUAAUUGUAGUUAGGGUUUGUUAUAGCAAACCUAUAAAUAUAGUUGUAAACUGUAUCAAAGGUAUUACGAAAUAUCGUUGUAACCUACUAUAUAUGAUAUCAUAUCAAGAAUCAACUAGUCUCAAUAAUUCGACUUGUUAGAAGAGGUUUAAUAAUGAAAUUUUAUAUCA